AUGGCCAGCAUGAAAGUUUUUUCGUUUGCAUUGUUCCUCGUCCUCGUCUUCGCCAUUGAUGUUGAAGGAUAUGGGUUAGAAGCAGGUGCUUCGUUGUGUUGCAACACUCACCCGAAAUUUGGAAAGUGCAACCCAAGCCAUGACAAAGAGAGAUGCAACAGUUGGUGUCUCAAUGGAUGUGCCAACGAAAAAGGCGGUUACUGCAAACCUAACAACGGAGGACAAUGCCACUGUUAUUGUUAA